UGAUGACUUCUCAGUUGACGGCGGCCAUGAGGGUGUGUUCUCCGCAGAACGCCACAUUCUCCGAAUGGGACGACGAAGAAGAUUCUGAUAAUGAGGAGUUCGCUGGUGAGUUUGACUUUCCCAACGAUCAUAAACAAAAGCCUGAAACUAAAGUGUGCGGUGAAACAAUAAAUACAGAAGACAUUAUUCGUCAGUUUGACGCAAAUAACGAUGAUGUUUCGAUAACAACUGGUAAUGUCAACAUCAAACCUAAAGAAAAGAGAAAACGAUACACUAAAUCUAAGGCCCGAGUACGCAGUCCAAAUCGCAUGGUAAAGAUUAAGAAAACACGACGACUGAAGGCCAAUGACAGAGAAAGAAAUCGAAUGCAUAAUUUGAACCACGCGUUGGAUCGUCUCCGCCGAGUGCUCCCGACAUUUCCCGAUGAUACAAAAUUGACAAAGAUUGAAACUUUACGUUUAGCUCACAACUAUAUUUGGGCUCUUUCUGAAAGCCUAAAGAUGUUGGACUCUAAAGAUCGGGUUGACCAUAUAGAUAGUGAAACUCUGUAUAAUUCGACAGCUUCACUGGUUGAAACAUCUGCUGUUUUGCCUGGACACGGACAAGAACGUGCAAUGGGUCCGGUCUCAGAUUUUCCUUCCGCUCCAUCGAGUGCCCUACAAUUCGGUUCCGGCUAUUACUACAGUCCUCUGUCCGUGUCGUGUAGUCGUCCCGUGUGGAAUACUAAUACAAUAACUUUGCCGUCCCCGUGUUCUCGACCUUUACCGUGUGCUGAGUUGGACGUUGUAGAUUAUAAUAGUUCUGAAUCAGAUUCAGUUUUGUUCACUUAUGAAAAUCUGUAGAACCAUAAAUGAGUUGAUAGUUAUUUGAGUUCAUAACUUGCAAGUCUUA